CGCCACGCCACUCUACGCGCGGUCUCUGCUCGAACGCGCGCACGCACGCGCGGUGCUGCAACCCCCUUACUCCCUGCGCCCGCGAGCGCCCCGGCUUUGCCUCCCGAGCCCAGGUGCCUCCUUCAAGUCGCGCGAUUCCCUUGGGCUGUCUCGACGAAGCAGGGGCGGCUCGGUCGCCGUUUUCCACUUGAACUUGGCCAUGGCCAGCCGAGCCAGCGCCCGCGUUCUGCUGCUCGCGUGCGUAAUGAGCGCUCUCUCCACGGCCUCAGUCAUCAUCAUCGUCGUCGAAGUUGCCUUUCGGGGGUCGCUCCCGACCCCAACGGGGACGGAUCCGCUCGAGUCCAAAGACCCUCGAGAGGGGUCCCCUCGGGCGGGACUCUACGAGCCCCUGUGGCGCCGCUUCCACGCCGAGCUGCCUGUGCAGAGAGACGCGCCCAUCACGGGAACCUUCCCCGCGGGCUUCGCGUGGAGCGCGGCCACCGCCUCCUACCAGGUGGAGGGCGCCUGGGACGCGGACGGCAAAGGCGAGAGCAUCUGGGACCGCUUCAGCCACGACGGCUUCGUCCACAACAACGAGAGCGGCGACGUGGCGUGCGACAGCUACCACAAGGCGCCCUACGACGCGUACCUGGCGAGGGGGCUCGGGCUGAGCGCCUACCGCUUCUCCAUCUCAUGGUCGCGCCUCUUCCCCCGCGGGGGCAGCGCCAGGUGGGACGAGGCGAGCAGCGCUGGGGUUCGCUACUACAACGAGCUCAUCGACGCGCUGCUGGAUUCCGGCGUGGAGCCCGUGGUCACGCUCUUCCACUGGGACCUGCCCCAGGCCCUGGAGGAGCUCGGCGGGUGGAGGAACGAGAGCCUCAUGGUGGAGGAGUUCGCGGGCUACGCGUCCUUCUGCUUCAGGGAGUUCGGCAGCCGCGUCAAGCGCUGGAUCACGUUCAACGAGCCCUGGGUGGUGGCGUGGCUCGGUCACGGCAAUGGGUACCAUGCUCCCGGGCUCUCUGCGCAGCCGGGCCGGGCGCCCUACGCCGUGGCGCACACCAUGAUCAAAGCGCACGCGCGCGCGUGGCACGACUACGACAAGAACUUCCGAGCGGCACAGGGCGGUCAAGUGGGCAUCACCCUCAACUCGGACUGGGCCGAGCCCCGUGACCCCGCGCUGCCCGCCGAUGUGGAGGCUGCUGAACGCUACCUCGAAUUUCUGCUCGGCUGGUUUGCGGAGCCCAUCUUUGGCAGCGGUGACUACCCCGAGGUGAUGAAGAAGGCGGUGGAGCAGAAGGAUAUCGAAUGCGGCCGCGAGGGCCCCAGUCGCCUGCCGGCCUUCACAGCCGAGGAGAAGGCGUACAUCAAGGGGACAUCUGACUUCUUCGGCCUCAAUCACUACACCACCAGAUUGGUGAAGCACGUGGUCAAGCCUUGCGAGGAGAACUACGAAAACGACGGCGACUACGAGCUUCUGACCGACCCGGCGUGGCCACAGUCCGCCGCCCCUUGGCUUUACGCCGUGCCCUGGGGUUUUCGCCGUCUCCUCGCCUACAUCUCGGCUCGCGUGGGGCCCACCGUGCCCAUAAUCGUCACCGAGAACGGCUGGGCCACCGACUACGCGGCCGACAUGGUCAACGACACGGACCGCGUCGACUACUACCGCACGUACAUCAACGAGGCGCUCAAAGCCGUGAAGUUGGAUGGCGUGGCUCUGGGUGGCUACACCGCCUGGUCGCUCAUGGACAACUUCGAGUGGCGGGAGGGCUACAGCCAUCGCUUCGGGCUUCACCACGUGGACUUUGAGGACCUGGAUCGGCCCAGAACACCCAAGGAGUCGGCGCUCUUCUACGCAGCCGUCAUCCGCGACAACGGCUUUCCUGCAGAGGGCGAGAGGACCAGGGGGCGCACGGGCACGGGUUCACUCUCAGCUCCAAGUGGCCUGGACAGGAGCCGCCCUCCCAUGCCCGCCUCGCGCGUCCCCUCCAAGGCCAGCGAGGACAUAUGGAGCCGCUUCUCUGGCCAGACCGUGGCUGAGAGAGACGAGUUCGUGUACGGAGUGUUCCCGUCCGAAUUUACCUGGAGUGCAGCCACGUCAUCCUACCAGGUGGAGGGCGCCUGGGACGCGGACGGCAAGGGCCCCAGCAUCUGGGACGACUUCGCGCACCGGCCGGGCAACAUUGACAACGGCGACACGGGCGACGUGGCAUGCGACAGCUACCACAAGAUCGCCGCCGACGUGUACAUGCUGCGGGCGCUGCGCGUGACGCACUACCGCUUCUCCGUGUCGUGGCCCCGCGUCUUCCCCACGGGCCGGCUCGGCAGCCUCAACUCGGCCGGCGUUCGCUACUACGGCGAGCUCAUCGACGCCCUGCUGGACGCCGGCAUCUCGCCCGUGGUCACCCUCUACCACUGGGACCUGCCGCAAGCGCUGCAGGACAUCGGCGGCUGGCAGAACGAGUCCCUGGUCGAGCUGUUCCACGACUACGCGGACUUCUGCUUCGCGCAGUGGGGGGACCGCGUAAAGUUCUGGAUCACCUUCAACGAGCCGUACGUGGUCUCCUGGCUGGGCUACGGGGUCGGCUCGUUCGCGCCCGGCAUCUGGGACCCCGGCUACGCGCCCUACCGCGUGGCGCACACCAUCAUCAAGGCGCACGCCCGCGCCUACCGCAACUACGAGUCGCGCUACCGGCGCGAGCAGCGGGGGGUGGUGUCCAUCACGCUGAGCACCGAGUGGGCAGAGCCCAAGAAUCCCGCGGACCUUCGAGACGUCGCGGCCGCCGACAGAUUCCUGCAGUCCAUCGUGGGGUGGUUCGCGCACCCCAUCUUCAAGAACGGAGACUACCCAGACUCCCUCAAGUGGCAGGUGGGCAACAAGAGCGCCCUGCUGGGCCUCAAUGAGUCGCGGCUGCCCUCCUUCACCGACGACGAGCGGCGGCUCAUCCAGGGCUCGGCCGACGUCUUCUGCAUCAACGGCUACACCACGCGCCUCGUGAGCCACGCCAUGCGCCCCUUUGACCCGCCGAGCUACGAGCACGACCGCGACUCGCACGAGGAGACCGACCCGUCGUGGCCCAGCUCGGCCGCCGAGUGGCUGCGCCCGGUGGCGUGGGGCAUGCGGCGCCUGCUGGGUUGGGUGGCCGCCGAGUACGGCCCCCUGCCCGUCUACAUCACCGAGAACGGCGUGGCCUCUGAGUACCUGUCCGGCAAGGAUGACCCCGACCGCAUCCAGUUUUACGAGACGUACAUCAACGAGGCGCUCAAGGCUUCGACGGUGGACGGCGUGGACCUGCGGGGCUACACCGCGUGGUCGCUCAUGGACAACUUCGAGUGGGCCAGCGGCUACAGCAUGCGGUUUGGCAUGCACCACGUGGACUUCUCGCACCCGUCUCGGCCGCGCACCCCGAAGCGCUCGGCACACGUGUACGCGGCCAUCUUGCACGCAAACGGCUUCCCCAUGCCGGAGCGAGACCGGCCGUUCUACGGCCACUUCCCCCAGGGAUUUGCGUGGAGCUCCGCCACUUCCUCGUACCAGAUCGAAGGGGCCUGGCAAUCGGACGGCAAGGGCCUGAGCAUUUGGGACGAGUUUGCGCACUCGCCCGGACGGGUGGCGGGCGGGGACACCGGCGACGAGGCGUGCGACAGCUACCGCCUGUGGCCGCAGGACGUGGAGGCGCUGCGAGCCCUGGGCGUCUCGCACUACCGCUUCUCGCUGUCGUGGCCACGCCUGCUGCCCGACGGCACCGACUCUUAUGUCAACCCCGCCGCCGUGCAGUAUUACAGCGACCUCAUCGAUGGCCUGCUCAGGGCGGGCAUAAAGCCGCAGGUGACGCUGUACCACUGGGACCUGCCGUCAGCGCUACAGGCAAUGGGCGGCUGGCGCGAUGAGCGCUUGGUCGAACUCUUUGCCAACUACGCGCGGAAGUGCUUCCAGCUGUUCGGCUCGCGCGUGCAAUUCUGGCUCACCUUCAACGAGCCGUGGAUCGUGGCCCUGCUUGGUCACGGGUAUGGGUCCCACCCUCCCGGCGUGGCGGACUCGGGCCGCGGGCAGUACCGCGCCGGCCACACGCUGCUGCUGGCCCACGCGGCCGCCUGGCACGUGUACGACCGCGAGUUCCGCGCCCAGCAAGGAGGCCUCAUCUCCAUCACCCUCAACUCGGACUGGGCCGAGCCGCGCAACCCCAACUCGCACGCGGACGUCAAGGCCGCCAACACGUACCUGCAGUUUUUCCUGGGAUGGUUCGCGCACCCGAUCUUCAAGACGGGCGACUACCCGGACGUGAUGAAGUGGGCGGUUGCAAACCGGAGCAUGCAACAGGGCCUCCCUGAGUCGAGGCUGCCACAGUUCACGGAUGAACAGAAGGCCUCGCUGCGUGGAACUCACGACUUCUUCGGCCUAAACCACUACACGUCGGUGUUGGCCUUCCCUCGCGCCUACGCGGACUCCGAGGAGUCGUACGACGCGGACAGAGGGGUGGGCGUCGAGUCACACCGCUCGUGGCCAGUGUCCGGCUCGGGCUGGUUACGCGUGGUGCCGUGGGGUCUGCGGAGGCUGCUCGCGUUCAUCGGGAGCGAGUACGGACACCCGCCCGUGUACAUCACGGAGAACGGGGUCUCCGAGCGUGGGAGCCUGGAUCUCAACGACACGUGGAGGAUCCGAUACUACCGCACCUACAUCAACGAGGUGCUCAAAGCCGUCACGCUGGACCGCGUGGACGUACGAGGGUACACGGCCUGGUCGCUGAUGGACAACUUCGAGUGGACGGAAGGAUACCAGGAGCGCUUCGGCCUCUACCACGUGGACACCACAGUGCCCGAGCGCACGCGCGUGCCCAAGGCCUCGGCCGCCUUCCUCCGUUCGCUCAUCAGCUGCAAUGGAUUCCCGGACCCCGACCAGCCGCUCCCUCCCUGCGCUCUGCCCCAAGUGACGACCACAGAACGUCCGACGUCGUCUCCCAAGCCGGGCGCGACUCUCGAGAGCAUCCCGCAGCCCGGCCACGUGCUCUUCAUGGGUGCAGAGAUGAGCGCAGACGACGCGGCGGUCGCGCUGUACUCGCUCUUCGCCGUGGCGCUGGCGGGCGCGCUGGCGUGCGGCGCGUUCCUGUGGCGCCUCUGCUCUCUCCGCAGGGGCGGCGGAGGCUCGAAGGCGAAGAAGCAGGAGGGGAGGGGGGGCUCCACGCCCAUGUAGCCGUCGCUCGGAGCUGGCCGUUGUCACUCGCAGAGCGGGCACUGGUGCAUUUGCUGUCGCUUCAUACCACGGUGGCGUCACGGUGGCGAGAUGUUAACUACCUCCCCUGGUACACAGGAGGUCGUGGGUUUUAUGCCGAGCCGGACGCCUGUUGUAUAUUGGGAGUGUGCGUGUUCUUUUCUCUGGGUCCUCCGGUUUUCUCUCCACAUGUAGAAUCAACGCGCGUUUAGAGUAUUUGGCUGCUAUAAAUUUCCACGCGGUAAGCCGCUUCGCUGAGCUGUCAUUUUGGGCUAGGUCGCUUCUGAAAAAGAGCUACAUAGCUCAGUAGGCCUUACCAUAGUUUACACCAAUGGCUCACUUCAAGGAUACGGGGUACUUGUAAACGACCGACUGCGCAUCGCACACACUGCAGAGCGAGACACGAAGCACUCCUCAACACUCGCUACCACGCACGCAACACUCAGUACCACGCAAAGAUGUAAUCAUGUGCAUCCCACAACGCUGAGACGAUACGAAUAACACGAGGCACAAGAGGAGGAGUUGGGUACGGAGAUGCGCGAUGAGCAGAGAUAUCAGUUUUUUUUAAUUGAUGGGUGGAAUUAAGGCACAAACAUAAUUGGAGAAAGUACGACCCAUCUUGAUCAUGAAAAGUAACAUGCUAGUGUGCCGAAAAAAGUAGAUUUUUAAUCGGUGAGAGACAAAUGGACCAGAUACGUUGACGAAGAAAAUCGAAGGGAAGUUGAAUAACACACAGAGCAGCUUGGAUAGAUGUGUGAAGAGGAACACGUGGAUUAGCAAGCAAGUGCACAUUUAAAGACAUCGUAACGACCGUUAGGAAAAGUGACCAAAGGGGCGACGUUCGUGGCAGGGUGACGAAUUGGAAUCUCCAUUGGAACCUCAUUUGCCAGUAAAAAAUAUGAUAAUUGGUUAUUUACCCGUCUAUCUGCCAACAAAACUGACACCUUUUUUAAAAAGAGUCAUGUUUGCAUAGACCACAAUACCUGC